UAUAAAUUUUCGAGUUACCAUAUCAAAAAAAUUAAAAUGGCGGAUGUCCGACAUCUUUUUUCUUUGACGUUCUUUUUAUACUUUGACACACGUGCCGCGUGGAGUUUUGCCUCGCAGCACAAUGGUCGCGACUACAGAGAAGAAACCCGCCGAAAAGAAGGUGGCGAAGGGUAAGGAAGACAGCAAAAAGUUGCCUGCUGUUCCUGAAUCAGUCCUUAAACACAGGAAGCGCAGGGAAGCUCUCAAAACCCGCAGAUUACAGGUAACACUUAAAAGAAGGUCAGCAGCAGUCAAGAAACGUAAGGAAAUCUUCAAGAGAGCAGAACAGUAUGUUAAGGAAUACAGAAUAAAGGAACGCGAUGAAAUUAGGCUAGCCAGACAGGCCCGCAACCGUGGAAACUACUAUGUUCCCGGAGAAGCCAAACUCGCCUUUGUCAUGCGUAUCCGUGGUAUCAACCAGGUCUCACCAAAGGUCCGUAAGGUUCUUCAGCUCUUCAGACUAAGACAGAUCAACAACGGUGUGUUUGUGAAGCUUAACAAGGCCACUGUUAACAUGCUCAGAAUUGCAGAACCCUACAUCACCUGGGGCUACCCUAACUUGAAGAGUGUGCGAGAGUUGAUCUACAAGCGUGGUUUUGCCAAAGUUAAAGGUCAGCGUAUGCCAAUCGUGUCCAACAAGAUUGUUGAGAGCAGACUCGGAAAGAGCGACAUCAUCUGUGUGGAGGAUCUCAUCCACGAAAUCUUCACUGUUGGUGACAAGUUCAAGUUUGCCAGCAACUUCUUGUGGCCCUUCAAGCUUAACAACCCAACCGGAGGAUGGCGCAAAAAGACCAUUCACUACGUUGAUGGCGGAGACUUCGGAAACCGCGAAGACAAGAUCAACGAACUACUUAGGAGGAUGGUUUAAAUAAAUAAUAUCGUACAAUU